UAUGGUUGCUAAGCAACGACUAUCCUUUCACUCUUGUCAAAAUUUGCAGGUUAUAAGAGUUCAUUAAACAAAUUAAUUAUUAUAAUAAUGGAAUGUACAGUUUAAGACCGCAAAUAUGUUUACAAGUAUUAGUUCAACUUUUCUCAAUGAACCUUAUUGUCCUUGGAGUUCAUUUCACAUGUGAAUGUUGAUUAUCAGGGCUAUGUUAUGUACUAAAUUGAAAAAUUCAAGUUUUGAAUAAUGGAAUUUGCGGAACUAAUUACCUCUCCCAAUUUGGAUCGUGUGAUACUUCAAGAUUGUUCUAAAACUUCUAUUGAAGGAACAUUAUGUAUAACUGGGCAUCAUCUCAUCUUGUCUUCGAGAAAUGAAUCACUUCCUGCUCAAGAAAUUUGGCUCCUCCAUCAGAGCAUCGACUGCAUUGACAAAAAACUCAGCAGUAGUAGUAUUAAUAAUGGUGGGAUCAUAAUUAUAAAAUGCAAGGAUUUUCGCGUUUUUCAGUUGGUGAUAUCUGCUACAGAAGAUCUCCUGAAUGUUUUUACAUCUAUAGAACGACUGAUUAACUUAGAUAAAACUGAAUUACUCUAUCCCUUUUUCUACCGACCCAUGUAUAAUAUUUUAGAAGAUGGUCAUAUUUUGUACAAGCCUGAAACAGAAUUCUCAAAGUUAUUACAAAGUGAUGAGUGGCGUCUAUCUCAUAUCAAUAGUGAUUUUAGUGUUUGUUCUUCAUAUGGAGCAAGUUUAGUUGUUCCAAAGUCAAUUGAUGAUGAUGUUAUAUCUGCAGCUGCCUCAUUCAGAGAUGGGGGCAGAUUUCCAGUUCUUAGUUAUAGACAUGAAAAUGGGGCAAUCCUACUGAGAAGUAGUCAGCCCAUGCUCAAUAAUAGUAUUAGAAGAAGUAGAGCAGAUGAAAAGAUUCUGAAUGCUGUUUUGGGACAAACAAGAAAAGGCUAUAUAAUUGAUACAAGAAGUACAAAUUACACUAAUAAUUGCAAAGCAAAGGGUGGUGGAACUGAGCCUGAGGGGCAUUAUACUCAAUGGAAAAAAGUUCAUAAGCCCAUGGAUAAAAUUUCUAAAUGUAAUGGAUCUCUCUUAGACAAUUUAGCAAAGCUUAUUGAUGCUUGCAGUGAUACUACUUGUUCUUCUGACAAAUGGCUCUCUAGGUUAGAAAGCAGUAACUGGUUAACACAUGUUUUGAAUGUCUUAAAUGGAGCUUGCUUGGUAGCUCAAUGUUUAGAUCAAGAUGGUGCUACUGUGUUGGUUCAUGGCUCUAGUGGAUUGGAUUCAACUUUACUUCUAACAUCUAUUGCUCAGAUAGUAUUGAAUCCAGACUGUAGGACAGUUCGAGGUUUGGAGGCUCUGAUAGAACGUGAAUGGCUGCAAGCAGGCCAUCCAUUUCAGUUGAGAAACUCCAAGUUCUGUUUCUCAAACUCUAGAUCCAAAUAUCAACAGCCUACUUUCCUUCUAUUUUUGGACUGUGUUCAUCAACUUCAUUAUCAGUUUCCCUGUAGUUUUGAAUUCAACACAGAUAUGUUGAUACUUUUAUUUGAACAUUCAUACUUCAGCCAGUUCGGCACCUUUCUUGGCAAUUGUGAACAAGACAGAGUGAACUUGAAACUGGCCAGGCAAACAACAAGUCUCUGGUCCUAUUUGAAUCGUCCCGAUAUACUUUCUUCAAUCUUGAAUCCUGUGUAUGAGCCCAAUAAAGGCCCCAUUUGGCCAAGUGUAGCACCGGUGAGUCUGGUUCUUUGGAAUGAUCUCUUCCUGAGGUGGGUAAUUGAUUCGUCCACUAAAAAAAUCAGAGAAAAGGUAGGCAAUAUUUUAGAAAAACACAAAGAAAUUCGUAGCCAAGUUAUCAAAAUGCGUAAGAGCAUAGCAGAAGCUCAAAAAGAAUAUGAGGAACUUAGUGAAGAAUGUGGUAAAGAUAAGUGCUAAAUUACCCUUGAUCUUCAAGUUUUCAUGAAGUUUUGGAUAUAAAUCUUCAGA